AUGUCGGAUGAUAACGAUCAAAUUAAUGCGCCACCAGAUGAUUUUGGUUUUGAUGAUGAUACGAAAGCUGAUGAAUCAUUAUUUGUAUCAGCUUUAUCACCAGCAACUGUUGAUAUAGCUUUAAGUGGUGAAGAAGAUGAUGAAGAUGAAAAUCCAUUUGGAGAUCAACCACCAAGAGAAAAAACAGCAACAAAUACAACAAAUGUCGUCGAAUCAGCUGUUGAUAAUGAGAAAAAUUCAUCUCCACCAGAAAAAGCAAUGACUAAUAUUGAUGAAGAUGAUGACGAUAUAUUCGGUGUGAAAACUACGAGCACUACUGCACCAUUGUUAACAACUGCUCCAUCACAAAUAUCUGUUACUGAACCAACACCACCAUCACCACCACCAGCAUCAACAUCAACAUCAGCAAAUAAAGAGAAUACGAUGUUUGAUAUUGAUUCAGAUGUUAAGUCACCAACACCUGUACGAUCCAUACCAUCCUAUGACAGUCAGAUAUCGUCAUCAACACCAAUAUCAAAGAAUGUUCUUAGUGGAACUGUAACAACAAAUCAACCAGCACAAAAACGUGCGGAUCAUCUUGAUAUUGAGAUUACUGUUAGUGAUCCAGCUAAAGUUGGUAGUGGUAUGUCAUCAUAUAUGACUUAUCGUAUAAUAACAAAAACAACAUUAUCAAUGUUUAAAAAAUCAGAAUUUUCCGUAAAUCGACGUUUUAGUGAUUUUCUUGGUUUACAUGCUAAAGUUGUCAAUAAACAUUUACAUUCAGGUAUAAUUAUCCCAUCACCACCUGAAAAAGAUUCUUUAUCAAUGGCAAAAGUUAAAAUGUCAUCAAAAGAAGAAGCUGUACCAACUGAUUUUAUUGAUCGUCGUCGUGGUUUAUUAGAACGUUAUUUAAAUCGUUUAGUACAAAAUUCGAAAUUAGUUGAAGAUAGUGAUGUACGAGAUUUUCUUGAAAUAUCAACUGAUUUACCUAAAUCAACAAAUACACAAGCACUGAGUGGUGCUGGAGUUUUACGUGCAGUAACAAAUAUAUCAAAUACAGUAACAAAAUUAGGAGCUAAAACAAGUGAACAAGAUCAAUGGUUUGAAGAAAAACAUAAUGCUGUACUUGAUUUACAUGGAGAUUUAAAACAUAUAUAUAAUCAUUUUAAUACAUUAUUUUCUCAACGUAAAGAAGCUGGACAUUCCUUAAAACAAUUCUCAGCAGCUAUUAAUCAUUUAGCUACAACUGAAGAAUAUACAUUAUUAUCUAGUGCAUUAAUUGAAUUAGCUAAUUUGGAAGAAAAAAUUGAACAAAUUAAUAAUGAACAAUCUUUAAAAGAAUAUACAACAAUAACAGAAUUAAUUAAAGAAUAUGUUUCAUUAUUAGAUAUGGUCCAAUUAGCAUUUCAUGAACGUAUUAAAAUUCAUCAACAAUGGUUACAUGCUGAAGAUACAUUGAAACAAAAACGUGAAACAAAAACGAAAUUAGAACAAACACCUAAAGGUGCUGAUAAACUUCCUCGUGCUGAAAUGGAAAUACAAGAAUGGGAAGGUAAAGUUGAACGUGGUAAAGAAAGUUUUGAAAGUAUAUCAUCAACAAUCAAACAAGAAAUGGAGGCGUUCGAAGAAACACGUAUUGAUGAUUUUAAAAAAGCAUUUAAUAAUCAUUUAAAAAAUGCUUUAGAUGAACAAGAAAAAAUUUUACAAAUUUGGGAAGCAUAUUUACCUGAAGUUAAUAAAAUUAAUAUAUAA